AUGCAUCCGGAGCAUGACGCUCGUACCCUUGAUUCCACGCCUCGCCGCCGCACCACCGCGCCCUGCCGUCGAAUCCAUCCUGCUGCUGCUACCAACGCCGACGAAGAGGGAUGGCUCGGUAGAAGGAAGGUCAUGCGAGAGUCAGAGGAGGAGGGAGCCUCUGUUGCGUCGCCACCGCGCUGUUGCCGCCGCUGGGGGAGUUUCGUUCAUCGCCGCCGAGGGUCUACCGCUGGUGAGGAGGAGACGCCGUCGCCUCAAGCUGCUGCCGCCAUCAAGUUUCGAGGAGAGAGAGGGAGCUGCGGAGAGGGUGAGAUGCGAUGGUGGUGGGUUGUUCUACUACCCUUGCUGCCGUCGCCACCAGAAGCUGCCGCCAUGGCCGCCAGCUUCCUAGUUGCUACUGUGGUUGUUGUCCGCUGGGUAUGGCUGCUGGGGGAGUCAUUGUGGCUGCUGAAACCACCAUUGGAGCUUCUGGCCGCUUCUGCCACCGGAAAACCUCGCUUCCGUCACCCGGAAAUACUGUCGCUGCUAUUAUUAGAGGUUCGGGCCGCCGCCGUCACUCGACAAUUAUUGACGGAUCUGCUGCCGGGUUGAUUUGGAGUUGCGGCUGCUUCGCUUUGUUACUUCAGUAAGUAAUUUCUAUUUUGAAAGCCCUGUGUUAGUGUUCUAUUCCGUGUAAUAAAGUAUUUGCGAUGUUAAUGGUUCUAGGAGUUAGAAUCCGAGUUUACUUGUGGCGUUUGAAGCUAUUUCUGCUUUCGAGAGAGCAAGUGGAGCCGAGG